AUGAGAGUUGUCAUCAGGGAGCUGGAUGGAGAGGUUCAAAAUAGGGUUCCCAGGACCUGGUCUCCAGUCCGCGCGCCCAAGCUCGCAACACCCGGGGAGAAAGCACAGCCCUCGCUGAGAGGGGAAAGGCGGUCUCUGGGGCACGUUAGUCAGUGGACCAGGCUCUGUGAAAUCACCAUCCCUCUGGCUAUUGAGAACUUCCUCCACGAGUCUUCUCAGCAGCCUUUAACGAUCCCUGUGGAAAUCCUGCAGCUGGAGGAAAAGCUCGGUGAGCCUGUUAGAGUGCACAACGAUGACAAACUCCGUCGGCAGAAGCUCAAGCAACAGAAGGCUGCGGGAGCUGGACUUUCCCUUGGUAAGGGCAAAACAAAGAGCAAGGUCCCUAAUCAGAAAACAUCUGCAGAGCUGGACUCUCCAUCCCAGACCCUGGAACUGGAUGUGGCAUUCUCAAAGCUCACGGCACAGGAGGAACCAGCCCCUACCAACAGGGAACCUGCUCGCAUCCGGAAAGUGAAAGCCUCUGACCUUCCACCUCUGGAGCACGUGUUUGCGGAAGGACUUUACUUCACACUGUCGGAUAUCGUGCUCUUGCCCUGUGUCCAUCACUUUUUGGUAGUUAUUUGCAAGAAACUUUCUGAAAAGCUGGUAGAAUUUCCAUUGCUGGCAUCCUGGUACCAGAGAAUUCAGCAAGUACCCAAAGUCAAAGCAACAGCUUCUAAGUGUGGGAUCCAAUUUCUUGAGUUGCCAGUGUUGCUGACCACUUCAAAGGAGAAGCAUCCAAAGCUAAGUGACGUCCCAGGGGUAGAGGAACCAAAUGAUCCUUCGUUUAUAGGCGGACCAAGGCCGACUAUGACCAAGUUAAUGGAGAAGGGCAUUGAAGUGGUGUUUUCUCCCCACCCAUGUCCUACCUGGACCGUUGAUUGGAAUACUCUUCCUGCAGCUGUGAGCCCAAAGGAAGGUAAAAUGUCCAGUGACCGCGCACUGAGGAAGCAGCAGCAGUUAAACAACCUUAUUUAUAUGGUGACAAAGCAAGCCAGGCCUGGUGACAGAAUUGUGGAUUUCUGCAGUGGUGGGGGCCACGUUGGAAUUGUGCUUGCUCACAUGUUGCCAUCAUGCCAGGUUACAUUAAUAGAAAACAAGGAAUUAUCUUUAGUUCGUGCCAUGAAAAGAAGUGAUGAACUAGGUUUAACCAACAUUUGGUUCAUUCAAGCAAAUAUGGAGUAUUUUACAGGGAUGUUCAAUAUUGGGGUGGCGUUGCAUGCUUGUGGAGUGGCAACAGACAUGGUGAUCGAGCACUGCAUCCAAAUGCGAGCUUCCUUUGUCGCGUGCCCUUGCUGCUAUGGCUUCAUUCAGAACACCUGCAAGUUUAAUUUUCCCAAAAGUGAACAAUUCAAAGAAACUCUAUCCUACAAGGAACACAUGAUCCUGUGUAGAUUUGCAGAUCAGACAGCUAUCCAGCUCCCGCCCCAACGCAGACUAAUAGGAAAACAGUGCAUGUGCCUGGUAGAUCUGGAUCGAGCAAGAGCUGCAGAAGAACAUGGCUACUCCGUGCAAGUGAUAUCCAUGGAGCCAGCGAGCUGCUCGCCCAAAAAUAAUAUGAUCGUGGGAGUCCCCAAGUAAAGGGGGAUAAUCCACGUUUGAUGCCUUGUCACCCGUCUGUAGGAUCAAAGUCCCGUGACAUUCAGGAGGGUCCUGACAUGACUUGGAAAGGGUAUUGCCCAGCUUGAACUUAAAAGUACUCAGGAAAGAAUACAACAGGAAAAUCUUCGAAGAAAGGCUGCCUGAAAAUCAUCAUAAAUGCUCUUACAAAAAGUGUGGUUUAAAGGACUCCUGGUUUUCAUAGUGGGAAUCCUCAGAGUUCCAGCUGCCGACAGAAUCACUGUCACAGUCCCAAUAGUGGACGGACAAUUCCCUCUGCUGCCCACAGGCUUGUCUGAUCUGGCCAAUGUGGUGUUCAAUUCAAAACAAUGACCAUGUGGUACUUGGAGCCUUUAUUAUAUAAUUAUUUAGAUAUUCACGUGGAGCCUGAAACUAGACUCAGUGGGGGUAAUUUUUUUGUUUCUAUUAAAUGUACUUUUUCUAUAUUUUAAAAAUAAUCUAGUCGGGUAAUUGCUAGAUGGGUGAGGUGGACUUUCAGCUAUUAUCGAGUACAUUUAAAAAUAUUUUCUUAUAAAUUACUAAAAAGAGAGAGAGCACUACUGGACCAAACAUUUUUUAUGAGGAGAUUAUAAAUUAAGUUCAAUGAAUUUCUCAUUGUGGGAACAUAUAAUUUGGGCAUAAGUUCUGACUAGUGAGUAAACACAUGGAUUCAUGAAUUCAGCUCAACUAAUAGUUAAAGAGCCUGAGGGGGCGCAGUGGUUUAGCACUGGGCUUCUAAUCAAAAGGUUCGGCUCCCCCCCACCAGCCACCCCAUUGACGACAGAUGUGGCCGACUGUGUCCGUGAGGACUGACGGCAUAGGGUCAGGUCUCUAGGGUCAGUGUGCGUCCAAAGCAACCACCAGGCAGUGGGACUAAUUACCGAGGGCCCAUGGUUUUCCAGACCCUCGCCUAGAUUCCGCUGGAAAUACCCAGAAGACUUUCAAGAGACGCUGCCUUUCGCCUGGGAGGUAAAUCAUCCGACAGGGAAAGGCUAAAGAAGUAAUGCAUUCUUUAUGCCCGAAUGUACAAUGAGUGGUCACAGAAGUUGUUUUUUAUUUAGAUUUUUUAGGGGGAUAGAACUUACUGAGCAUAAAUUGAUAAAAGAACACAAAGCGUAGAAAGUGUUUUGGGUAGUUCUCCAUACCCAAUUUCUUCUUUUCCUGCCAGCCAAAGUUUUAAAGGCAGAUGGCAUUGCCUUUGUCAGAUGCUGCUAAUUGAGGGUUUACAUAUCUGAGGUUCUUCCCACUGAGAGCAAACUUAUACAUUUUGAUGUUUUCCACCCCACUGUAACACAUACCAUGAGGAGAAAGUCCUUUCAGUUGGUCAUAAAUAACUCAUCAUUGUGAGUUAAAAUCUGAGAAUAAUUUAUGGGGAAUAAAUAACUCAUCGUUGUGGGUUAAAAUAUGGAGAUAAUCGUAGCCUUGUUUUCUGCGAAAAAAUUUAAGGGAAGAAUUACAUUUAAAAAGCCGUCAGUCCUGAACACUGGUAUUUUCAUUGUUUGUGUCCGUAAACUCAGCACAGACUUUAAAAAAAAAUAUUUUAUUGGGGGCUCGUACAACUCAUCACAAUCCAUAUAUCCAUCCAUUGUGUCACA